UAACAACAUUUAAUCAUUAGUGAUAUUCAAUUUUUAUACAUAUGUAACGUGAUAACGUGAUUUUAUUUUUUAUAUCAAAAAUAUAAUAACAAUAAAAUUUAAAAGUAUCUUUUAAACGCUACUAUGGUUUUGUUAGGUGAAACAUUUCCAAAUUUUGUAGCAGAUAGUCAAAUGGGUCCAAUUAACUUUCACGAUUGGCUAGAUAAUUCAUGGGGUAUUCUAUUUUCGCAUCCAAAUGAUUUUACACCAGUUUGUACAACUGAAUUAGCUCGAGUAUUAAAAUUAAUGCCUGAAUUUGAAAAAUUAGGAGUAAAAGUUAUUGCACUAUCAUGUAAUUCAGUCGAUUCUCAUCGUAAAUGGAUUGAAGAUAUAAAAGCUUAUGCCGGAGUAACUGAUAAAGAAUUUCCUUAUCCAAUAAUAGAAGAUGAAACGCGAAAACUUGCAACAUUGUUGGGAAUGUUAGAUCCUUUAGAAGUUGAUAAUAAUGGUAUACCUAUGACUGCCAGAGCAGUAUUUAUUAUUGACCCUGCUAAAAAAAUGCGAUUAUCAAUCUUAUAUCCUGCUACUACUGGAAGAAAUUUUGAUGAAAUUUUGCGAGUCAUUGAAUCGCUACAAUUAACUGAGAAGCAUAAAGUAGCAACUCCAGUUGAUUGGAAGAUAGGUGGAGAAGUUAUGAUUCAGCCUAUUGUUUCUGAUGAAGAAGCAAAGAAAUUGUAUAACAAUAUUAAAUUUGUAUCAUUACCAUCGGGUAAAUCUUAUGUGCGCAUUGUAUCGCAACCGCUGUAAAAAUAAUAUUUUGCAAGAAAAACCAUUAUACAAUGUACAAUAUAUUUUCUUAAAUUAUUAAAACUGAUAUUUGUAAAAAAAAAA